CUUGUGUUUAUUGCGUGUGUCCCCUCCCGGUCUCUGCUGCUGCUCACUUCUCCUCUAUAUCACUUAUUUUUUCUGCGAGACUCGAACAAUCUUUGAAAGCGGCACUGAUUCUUUUACUGACAAAAGAACUCGAAGAGCUCCUCUUCCGGCCACUCGAAAAUCACUCAUUCUUUCCCAUUAUUAUUAAAACUUUCUUUGCUCCUUUCAUCGCACUUCUAAUGAGCUGAACAUCUAUUUUCUCUAGAGAGAAUGAUGUUAGGAGGUGGUGGAGGAUGUGGUGCAGGAGGAACAUGGCUCGGUUUUCUUGUGUUUUUGGCAGUAUCCCUCCGGAACCAUUCCACGUGUGAAGACAUCGAUGCCGAGGAUCGCCUGAUGGUCGACCUAUUCCGUGGAUACAACUCUCUCGUUCAACCAGUCAGAAAUCGAUCGGAACUUCCGAUGAUUGUCAAAAUCGGAAUGCAACUUGUUUUACUGAUCAACGUCGAUGAAAAAGAGCAAGUAAUGCACACAAAUGUGUGGUUGACUAUGAAAUGGGACGAUUUUCAAUUGAAAUGGGAUCCCAGAGAUUAUGCGAACAUUACACAGAUUCGAGUUGCACCCGAGAAAGUUUGGCUUCCAGAUAUUGUUCUUUUCAAUAACGCCGACGGGAACUACGAAGUAUCCUUUAUGUGCAAUGUGCUCAUUUUGAGCACUGGAACAGUUCUCUGGGUUCCACCGGCAAUAUACAAGAGCAGUUGCAUUAUUGACGUCGAGUUCUUCCCAUUUGAUGAUCAGCUAUGCAGUUUGACUUUUGGAAGCUGGACGUACAACAGAGACGAAAUCAAGCUCGACUUUCUCACUUCGGACCGUGUCGAUUUUUCGGAAUAUUCGACAAGUUCCAUAUGGGAUAUGAUGGAUGGUCCAGCUGUGCUGACAUCUGACAGAAGUCGCAUUGAAUUCCAAAUCAGAAUACGACGGAAAACACUUUUCUACACAGUUGUACUGAUUCUUCCAACAGUUUUAAUGGCAUUCCUCAAUGUAACAGUAUUCUAUUUGCCAACAGCUUCCGGAGAAAAAAUGGGAUUAACAAUGAAUGUACUUCUGUCAAUUGUUGUGUUCCUGCUUCUUGUCUCCAAAAUUCUACCACCAACAUCUUCGUCAAUUCCACUGGUUGCAAAGUAUCUUUUGCUCACUUUUGUGCUCAAUAUCAUUACUAUUAUGGUGACAACUAUCAUUUGUAAUAUCUAUUUUAGAAGCCCAAUUACCCAUCGAUUACCACCUUGGGUUAGGAAAGUUUUCCUUGAUAUUCUCCCAUUACUGAUGUGCAUGCAGCGUCCGCACCGGAAAAAUGUGAUACAGCGGAGUCAUCGGAGACUACUGGAAACUGGUCCAAGUGUCGAAGAAAAUCCAAUGAGAUCAGGAGAACAUCAUCCAUUAUGCCGGCAUACUCAUAAUCAAGAUAGCUGUAGGAGGGUGAGAAUACAAAGUGAUGAGCUGGAUGAUGAGCUGUCGCCUGAAGCUCAACGAGCAAUCGAUGCUAUUGAGUUUAUCACGGAAAAUCGCAGAGACGAAGAGAUUACAAAGCAGUUCCGAGAUGAUUGGAAGUUCAUUGCAAGCGUCGUGGAUCGGUUUUUGUUGUACGGGUUCUUUGGGGCAACAGUUGGUGGAACGAUAGGAAUAAUCUUCACUGCUCCAUCAGUUUUCGAAACAUUCGACGAGAAUGCCACACUUGUAAAACUGAAACAACUGUACGAUAUGGGUCUAGCCAACGACACAGUUCUUGGUAUUUUCUGAACAAAACGAGUAGAAAUUGUAUAUUUUCCAUUAUUCUUUCAUUUUCAACUUUUCUCUUUCAUUAGGUAUGUUUAUUUGUUCAUUAUAUUUGUGUAUUAUAAAUAAUUUAUCAAAGAGA